CGGUCGUACGGAUAAAUCUUGUGAUAUUGUGUUCUUCUGGUCUGAACAGUACUUCCUUAAAUUUACAGUGCAGCGUUAAUAUUAUUCGUGUUCGGGUUUGCAAUACGUAGAUACGUCGAAUCUAACACUUUGAUACUAAUUCGUUCCAACGGUUUACGUUUCGAUCUCAUUUGAAUUCGCAUUUACGUUCUCGUAUCGUCGCAGCCAUGGUUGCCGGUGCUAAAAUGAUGAAUGUUAGGGUGACGACGAUGGACGCCGAACUGGAGUUCGCGAUCCAGCAUACGACUACUGGGAAGCAACUGUUUGACCAGGUUGUGAAAACGAUCGGGCUGCGUGAGGUGUGGUUUUUCGGACUUCAGUACACCGACAAUAAGGGUGAUCUGACAUGGAUAAAAUUGUACAAGAAGCCGGAAAGCACGAUAACGAGGGUGGUGAAGAAAGAGGUGAAAAAGAAAGUUCGAAAGCUGAGAGGUCGCUCGGACUCGGACACGGACGACGACGAGUUUGAGGAUGACCUGAGUGGACUACUUCCGUUCUUGUCUAGGGUGAUGAACCAGGAAGUCAAGAAAGAGACGCCGCUGCAGUUCAAAUUUCGCGCCAAGUUCUAUCCAGAAGACGUUGCCGAGGAAUUGAUUCAAGAUAUCACAUUGCGCCUGUUUUACCUUCAGGUAAAGAAUGCAAUCCUUACGGAUGAAAUCUACUGUCCUCCGGAAACAUCAGUAUUGUUAGCCUCAUAUGCAGUUCAAGCAAAACAUGGAGAUUUUCAAAAAGGUACACAUACUGCUGGCUUUUUGAUAAAUGACCGCUUGCUGCCACAGCGAGUCGUCGAUCAACAUAAAAUGAGCAAAGAGGAAUGGGAGAGUUCAAUCACUAAUUGGUGGCAAGAACAUCGUGGCAUGUUACGUGAAGAUGCUAUGAUGGAAUACCUAAAAAUUGCGCAGGAUCUGGAAAUGUACGGAGUAAAUUAUUUUGAAAUCCGUAAUAAAAAAGGUACAGAUCUUUGGCUAGGUGUUGAUGCUUUAGGUUUGAAUAUAUACGAAAAAGAUGACAAAUUAACGCCAAAAAUUGGUUUUCCAUGGUCUGAGAUAAGGAACAUUUCGUUUAAUGAGAAAAAAUUCAUAAUUAAACCAAUUGACAAAAAGGCACCAGAUUUUGUCUUUUUUGCAACUAGAGUUAAGAUUAAUAAACGAAUUUUGGCACUAUGUAUGGGCAAUCACGAACUCUAUAUGCGUAGACGUAAACCUGACACAAUUGAUGUACAGCAGAUGAAGGCGCAAGCAAGAGAGGAAAAAAUUGCCAAACAACAACAGAGGGAGAAGUUACAGUUAGAAAUAGCUGCAAGAGAACGUGCCGAAAGAAAACAACAAGAAUAUGAAGAAAGGAUUCGAAAUAUGUCAGAAGAAAUGGAUAGGCGGCAAGCUGAAUUAAACGAAGCUCAAGAAAUGAUCCGACGUUUAGAAGAACACCUUAGACAAUUACAAGCUGCAAAAGAAGAAUUAGAGGAUCGCCAGAAAGAACUCACAGCUAUGAUGGAAAAACUGGAACUUUCACAUGAAAUGGAAGCAGCAGAGCGUGCUAAACUUGAACAAGAAAUACGAGCUAAGCAAGAAGAAAUACAACGUAUACAGUCUGAAGUAGUGGCGAAAGAUGCAGAAGCAAGGAGAUUGGAAGAAGUAUUUGAAGCUGCAAAAUUAAGGCAAGAAGAAGCCGAUCGGGCAUAUCAAGCUAGUACAACGCCUCAUCACCAUCAUGUUGAAGAAAAUGAAGAAGGUGAAGAGGAAGGAGAAGAUGAGGUUUCUCAUGGUGAUGUCACUAAAGAUCUUGCAACUGAUGAAUCGAUAAUUGAUCCUGUUGAGGAGCGACGUACCUUGGCAGAAAGAAAUGAACGCCUUCAUGACCAACUUAAGGCAUUGAAGCAAGAUCUUGCACAGUCACGUGAUGAAUCGAAAGAAACUGUUAUGGAUAAAAUUCACAGGGAAAACGUUAAACAAGGUCGCGAUAAAUAUAAAACGCUUCGUGAAAUUCGUAAAGGCAAUACUAAGCGUCGUAGCCUUUGA